AACCUUUGCAUCUUCACACAGAUCUCUCUCUCUCUCUCUCUCUCUCUCUCUCUCUCUCUCUAGAUCUCGAUCUCGAGGAUCUCAGAUGCGAUAUCGAUUGAUCGAAGGAACUACGUUUGAUUCCAUCUGUUUCAUUCGGACGUUUAUGAUUUUUCCUGCGUUGGAGGAAUCUCUUGUUGCCCGCUGGGGCAGUAGAUGAUGGUUUGGGAAUUCUCUUCUGCGGAGUUCUUCUGCAGAGUGGGGAUUGGAACCUCGGUCUUCACUCGCCAUGGCGAGCGACAAGGGGAAGGGCUCUAAGAGAGGCGAAGCCUCUUCUUCUUCGACGGCUGCUCAUGGAGGGAGUGGCCAAGAAGUUUCGAGAAAACGGCCGUUGGGGAGGACAACCGGUCCGACCCGUCGCUCGACCAAGGGGCAGUGGACGCCUGAAGAGGAUGCUGUACUGUGUAGAGCUGUUCAGCGUUUCAAAGGGAAAAAUUGGAAAAAGAUAGCUGAGUGUUUUCCCGAUAGAACGGAUGUUCAGUGCUUGCACAGGUGGCAGAAGGUUCUGAAUCCUGAUCUUGUGAAAGGACCAUGGUCGAAAGAAGAAGAUGAUAUUAUUGUUGAAAUGGUCAAUAAAUAUGGGCCAAAGAAGUGGUCAACAAUCGCACAAGCAUUACCAGGACGAAUUGGAAAACAAUGCAGAGAAAGGUGGCAUAAUCAUCUUAACCCUGCCAUAAACAAGGAGGCAUGGACUCAGGACGAAGAGAUAGCAUUGAUUCAUGCUCAUUCAAUCUAUGGAAACAAGUGGGCGGAGCUAACAAAAUUUUUACCUGGAAGGACAGACAAUGCAAUUAAAAAUCACUGGAACAGCUCAGUAAAGAAGAAAGUGGAUUCAUACCGUGCAAUGGGUUUACUCUCACAGUUCCAUGGCCUGCCUCAUCCAGAAAACUCGCCCCAUUUUAUGUCGUUAUCUGCUUUGGCUCGGCAGAAUAGUGAAGAUAGUGGGUUCAAAGACAGGCAAGAAGUUGAAGAUUCGUCGGAGUGUAGCCAAGUCUCGUCGAUGUUGAUGGGUUACUCUCAAACCGAUUCUAAAAUGGAUUUUAUAGAUCAAAUGUGUGAUGAUUUACAACUAGGUGAGGAUGUCAAUGAGAACAAUACACAUAUGGAUGUUGACAUGGCUGCAGAUGAACUUCCUGAUUAUGAAUCUUUAGGAGAUGAAACCCACACGUCAUUGGAGUUACCCGAAGCAUCUCACUGUUCCCCUCUCCACUUUGAAAAUUAUGAAGUUGAUUCUACGUUGUUCCCAAAUGCUGUUGAACUGAAUAUGCCUAUUCCUGAAGCUGAUUUCCCCAGUGAAAGUAUUGUUAAAUCAGACACAUGGCAAGAUUCCAUGCAAGGUCAUAUCACUGCAACAAAUGUGGUAAAUGUUGACAUUUUAUCAGGUCGGAAUUGCCAAACCAAUGCAUACCAGGUAUAUGCAGUAAGUUCAUCUAGCAUGGUGGACAUUUCAUAUUGCCAGAGCUUGAUGAAUUUAGUACCCCCAUCCUUUAUUUGUCCUAGCGAAGGUAACUUAGUGAAUGACAUUAAGACAAUUGGUAUACCUGUUGGGCCGGAAAAUUCAGAGAUUAUUUGUGUGCCUGCUGACAUCGGCCUGGAAAGUGACGCUCCAAGACAGACCUUCAUGGAAAUGAUGGCAUGCGGAUCUCCCAAUAGCUUUGGAAAAACUACACCAUUAAAUAAAAAGCAAGUUGUGUCAACUGAGGAACAACGGGAUGGUGGGUCAUUAUUCUAUGAACCCCCCCGUUUUCCAGGCUUGGAUAUUCCCUUCGUCAGCUGCGAUCUUGCUUUUUCGGGUGAUCUUCAGCAGGACUACAGUCCCCUUGGGAUUCGAAAAUUGAUGAUGCCAUCUACUUACAGCUUGUGGGAUUCUCCACCUAAGGAUGGAAGUCCUGAUGCUUUUCUUAAGAGUGCUGCUAAAAGCUUUGUAUGCACACCAUCGAUUAUGAAGAAACGGCAGCGUGAACUAUUGUCACCAUUGGCAGAUAAAAAAUCUAGCACAACAAAUGGUGAAGCCUUUGAUUCUGGACCUUCCUCAUGCUCUGCUGAUGGGGAUGUUCCUUCUUCAGAAUACCAUAAAAGGAAAUCUGAAUUAUCUUCCAUAGAAAAGGGUAACUUGGGUGAUGUUUCUGUUUCUGGACAUGAAAAAGGACCCAAUACUGCUGAGCAAGAUGGUAAUGCUACAGAUAAGGAACAAACAAUUGGGAUCCUCAUCGAACGUAACUUGAAUGAUUUAUUGUUUUCUCCCGGACAUGUCGGACAAUAUUUGAAAGAACAAACUUCAAGAAGUUCUAACAGCAACUCCAACAAAGUACAAUCUAAUGAUAAUGACUGUGGGGACCAAUCUUCCUUACCUUCUACUUCAGCACAUGGCACAUCAGCGAACUCAAUAGAUAUCCUAGUUGAGAAGCGUCGCCCAUCCAUCAAUGUAGAUUUUGAGAGCUUGAACAUAUUCGCUGAUACUCCAGGCAUCAAAAGAGGGAUAGAAUCUCCUUCAGCAUGGAAAUCACCCUGGUUUGUGAACUCUCUUCUUCCAGUUCAAGGACACAGGAUCGACACAGAUGUACUGUACCAGGACAUGGGGUUGUUUGUGAGCCCUGGAGAUAGAACUUAUGAUGCCAUUGGACUGAUGAAACAGUUAAGCGAGCAGACCGCUGCUCUUGUGGCCGAGGCCCAUGAGGUAUUGGCAAGUGGAAACCGUGAAGCCUCUUUGGACGGAAGAAACUCUGACAAGGAAAAUCUUCAGAACGAAAAUAUCGAGCCAGAGAACAAAAUUGAAACUCAUCAGAUGCCGCCAAACGUGAUGGCGGAGGCACGGGUUCUUGAUUUCAGCGGGUGUGCCACACCUGUGAGACGUGCAGAAACUGAGAAAACAGAUUGGGUGGGAACGUCGAUAAGCUCCUCGAGCCCAUCCUCCUAUCUUAUGAAGAAUUGCAGGUAGCUUGUGAUGUGGGGAAAUAAAGCAGCAAAAAAAAGAAUUUUGUUUUUGAUUUGAUAUCGUCUUUACUUGCGCAUAAGAUGCCUCUUGUUGUGCCAGUGUUGUAUGAUUUAUGUUUAUUCUGCUGUUUCCUCGAUCCCUUUCGGCAUUGCCGUCGAGUGAAAGCCAAGCUCUUUGUUAG